AUGAGCAGGAGGUUGCGCAGCGGACGCAACUACGACGCAUCCAAGGUUCCUACCGCCCCCAAGAGGCGGGCCGAUAAGCGCAUGGCUCCGAAAGCAGCCAACCGCGUGGAACCCAAGACGUCGAACAAGACCACUGAUGAGCAAGCGAUUGUACCAGCAGGAAGAGUACAGCUCACCUUUGGCACCAUGCCCCAGGGCGCAAGAGAGCCAGGCGAGCGCAUGGUAGUGCUGGGUGUUGGGAAGCGCCAGGGAAUAGCCUUCGCCGACACCGAGGGAGUCAAGUUAUCUCCCUCGGCCUAUAUGGCCCUCACGCAACGAGCCCCACCUAUCCGGAAGGUGUUGAGCUGGCCGUUGCCGAUUAACGAGGCCCGCCGAGAAGCGGAUGCCCCCAUGAACAGGGAAGCGACCUCAGAACGGAGCGUCGAACUCGUCGAGCGAGCGUCGGUCGAGCGGACAAGCGCUCCCGCAUAUGCUGACGACCAGCGAACAACUUCGGAAGUCCCUACGACCCCCAACAUGGGUGCGGAAAGUAGGAGGGAAUCGGACGACGAGAUAUUCGUAACGGCUAGGACGAGUCGUGUACUAAAUGAGAGCAUCGUCCUGGAUGAUGACGGCAAACCCGUGUUAGCGCAAUACAUAGUCAAUGAUGAGAGGGAAAGCGAGACACCUUCCAAGAAUAGUAAGCGCAAGCGUACCCGCCGUAAGUCUAAGGGUAAAGGCAAGGAAAAGGAGCUGGAUAUCAGUGUCAGCACCGAAUCCAAGUCCACGGCUAAUCAUGAGGGCCUCACCUGGGACGAAGAGGUACGCCGAGCCAAUGGCGACGACGGGGGUCCAGGCGAUGUUGAGGAACUACCAGACGUUAGCGACUGGAUUAAUCCUAACUGGUCACGAUCGGAUUACAUACCCACGAGUGAAGGAGAUUGUACCAAAGCUGAAAGCGGAAACGGAAGCGUUGAAGUAAACGCGCUGAUAUACAAGCUGGCUGACGAGUACGCAUUUGAUGAUGAGGAGUAUGCAUCAGUACUCCGGAACCUGAGGAGCUCCGAAAGGUCAGAAAGUACUCACAGUCAGACGAGGGAGGCUGGCCCAUCGAGACAACCGCGCGUUACAAUCAAGGAAGUCGAUAGCGGGUCAGAAGACACAACAACAAGUCGCACCAGGUCACACAAGAGUAAGGGAAAGGCAAAGGCAAAGGCUAAGGGCAAGAAGAGGAAACGUCCUAGCCUGGGAGCCGCAUUGGAUGACCUGGAAGGGACGCGGGAGCAUCACAUACGACAAACAGACCCCCAAAGCACGCCAAACGCAUACAGGGGCGGGGGAUACCUGGAGGGUAUCAUAGAAUCAACCCUGGCCAGGAAGUCUAGUAAGACAACCCAAACGGAUAUGGGGAAGGCCAGUAAACUCAGACGCGAGGAACAACGACGGGCGCGGUCGACCAAGAGAAGGCCCCUGCCACUGUCUGAAUCAUCCAAAUUGUCAGAGACGGAUAGCAAUGAGACUGAAUCCACGCAUACAAGCAGGUAUGGAGGUGGGGGACCACCAGAUCCAUCAGAUAGUGGAUCCAAAACAGCCAACUUGUCCAACUCAAGUUGGACCAAAUUGUUGGCACGAUUGCGCAAUGAUAACUGUUGGAGGAAUAGACGGCUGGAGGAAUUAGUUGCAAAGCUCAAGAAGCAAAACAAGAAACUUGAGCAAAAGGUGGUCACGCAAGCGCAAUCAGGAUACAAGGCACAGUCACCCAAGACGUAUAAGGGCAAAGCGGACAUUGACAAGCUGGAUAUGUUCAUAUUCAGUUACAACCUAUACGUCAGUGAUACUAGAUUGAGUGACAGCAAGGCAGUGCUCACUGUCAGCCAAUUCCUGGACGACAAAGCCGCGUCUUGGUACAUGUUGAAUGUUGCACCGGACCCCGGAAGCUACUCAAUGGAAUCAAUAUAUGUCAGACUAUAUGACUACUGCUUCCCACCAGAUUUCAAGGACGACAUGAGGAAAUUGUAUAAUGAAAAGAAGCAGGGAGACUUGGGCGUGCAAGAUUAUUUUGCCAAAUUGGCUUGCUUACAAAGACGCUUACGGGAAGUCACAGACCACCAACAUGUGCUGAGAGUUUGGGACGGUGCAGCCCAAUAUAUUAAAGUGGGGUGGGCACUCAAGGGCAUGAGACCGGAAGCAACUACAUGCAAAACAUUGCAAGAAACAGUGCUGGACAUAGAGCGCGCGCACAAGUACAAACAGUCAAUUGAGAAAUUGGGGAAUGACAAAUCGGGAUCAAGAAGGAACUGA